GAUUGCAGGGAUUUGUUCCCACUUUCCUGAAGGGUGGGAACUUUGUGGUGGGCACGGUAGGGCUGCCCCUUUGGAAUGGAGAAGUGCUGGGGGACAGCUGUGAAAACUGGCAUUCUGGAGUGCUUGCUGCCAGAAGGUGGUCCAGGACCUUAAGUGGGGUGGAAACUCUAGAUUGCAGUCCGUAAUAACAGAAGUCCCUUAUGACCUCAAGAUGGCAUCUGAAAUGAGGGGGGCUGGAUGCGGUGAGGUUUUCAGCCCCUGUGUAGAGUACCUGGGCACAAGUUUCCUGCUGACCUGCCUGCCUUGUUCCCUCUGGUCUGGGAGCAGAAGACUGGGCGUUUUCCAAACUCAGUCACAGACUGCUGCUGCGUGGCUGUGACGUUGCCCUGGCUCCGCCUGCUUUGGGUGGUGACGCCUACGGCCACGCCCCCGCUCUUACGUCACCGGCCCGGUUCCCUCUCGGGAGCGGCGGCGGACGCCCGGCUCCCACCCCCUCCCCUCUCCCGGGCUCUCCCCUCCCCGGUGUCGGCCGCGGCCCGACCUUCUGCAAGGCGAUGGCCCGGGCCCCGAGCGCGGGUUAGCGUGCCUGGGUCCCCGGCCAUGGGCUGUAUCGGCUCUUGGAGCCCGGCGGGUCAGGCAUUUCUGGGGACCACCAGCUGGCUGAGGCUCAGGGACAGAGACGGCUGCUCCAGCUAAAGUGGCCUCGGACCCCGCGUGGGCUGUGGAGUGGAUCGAACUGCCGCGGGGCCUCUCUCUGUCCUCCUUGGGAUCUUCUCGGACCCUCCGAGGCUGGAGCCGGUCCUCGCGACCUUCCUCCGUGGACAGCCAGGACUUGCCAGAGGUGAAUGUUGGAGACACAGUCGCGAUGCUGCCCAAGUCCCGGAGAGCCCUCACUAUCCAGGAGAUCGCUGCGCUGGCCAGAUCCUCCCUGCAUGGCAUCUCCCAGGUGGUAAAGGAUCACGUGACAAAGCCUACUGCAAUGGCCCAGGGCCGAGUGGCUCACCUCAUUGAGUGGAAGGGCUGGAGCAAGCCAAGUGAUUCAUCUGCUGCCCUAGAAUCUGCCUUUUCCUCUUACUCGGACCUCAGUGAGGGUGAACAAGAGGCUCGCUUUGCAGCAGGAGUAGCUGAGCAGUUUGCCAUUGCAGAAGCCAAGCUCCGAGCAUGGUCUUCAGUGGAUGGUGAGGACUCUACCGAUGAUUCCUAUGAUGAGGAUUUUGCUGGGGGAACUGACACAGACAUGGCUGGGCAGCUGCCCUUUGGGCCCCAUCUCCAGGACCUGUUCUCUGGCCGCCGAUUUUCCCGGCCUGUGCGUCAGGGUUCCGUGGAGCCUGAGAGCGACUGCUCACAGACCGUGUCCCCAGACACCCUGUGCUCUAGUCUCUGCAGCCUGGAGGAUGGGCUGCUGGGAUCCCCAGCCCGGCUGGCCUCCCAGCUGCUGGGUGAUGAGCUGUUCCUUGCCCAACUGCCCCCCAGCCGGGAAAGUGCCUUCCGCAGCCUGGGCCCCUUGGAGGCCCAGGACUCACCCUACAAUUCGCCCCUCACGGAGUCCUGCCUUUCUGCAGCCACCGAGGAGCCAGACCCCUGCAAGGACUGCCACCCGCACUGCCCGCCGGCCAUGGGCAGCUGGGAACGGCAGCGGCAAGCCUCCGAGGUGGCCUCCUCUGGGGGAGUGUCCUUAGAGGAGGAUGAGGUGGAGCCAGAGGAACAGUGACCCAGAUGGCAUGCUGGAUAGUGGCCCUGGUCCCCCUGGCCGCUGCCAAGGGGGCAGAGCCUCUGCGUCCCAGCGUGGGCCCCGGGGCUCUCAGCAGCAGCUGGCUCCACAGCGGGAGCACUCACUUCUCUGUUGUCGUCGUGUGUUUUGCAUGAAAGUGUUUGGAGAGGAGGCAAGGGCCAGGCUUUUGGGGGCGCAUGUCCUGCUCCCUACUCGGGGGGGUUUGCCGGGGGUUGCCCGGGACCCCUGGAGCAUAGCUACAGCUGUGGCAGACAGUGAUGUUCAUGUUCUUAAAUCAACAGCGCCACACACACACAUUUCCUCCUUGAAUGAUGUGAACCCCUAAGGGACUUACUGUGACUGUGCUGUGUGGGGGUGGCGUGGGAGGGAGCCUGGCUACCGCCUCCACGCGCCCUGUGCCUCUCUUUUCUGCUUCUCACCUCCAAGUCCAUGUGUAGUGCUUGAUAGACUCACCCCCACUUCAGGGGAGGGGGAGCCGUUCCCCGGGACCCCCUGCUCAGCUGGGGCUCUCCCUGCCCUGUCCCAAUGCCGUGCUUCCUUUCCCCAUCAGCUCUAAAUCUUUUUCCCCGUGAAGCCAGGGCUGUGGGUCUGU